CAUUACCAGCAGAAACUAAUUAACUUGCUGUUUAUGUCAUACAUUUUCAAUAGUCUUCUUAAUUAAGAUGGCAUUUUACUUGUCUGUGUUUAUAAUUAUAUUUUCAGUAAUUGGAAUUUGUUCAGCCGAUUUAUCUUCGGACUACUAUGAAAAAUCAUGUCCAAAAGCUAUGUAUACGAUUAAAAACGCAGUGGCAAAUGCUGUGACGAACGAGCGACGCAUGGGGGCCUCAUUGCUCCGUCUUCAUUUCCAUGAUUGCUUCGUUAAUGGAUGUGAUGGAUCUGUAUUAUUGGAUGAUACGUCAGAUUUUACUGGAGAGAAAUCAGCAAAACCAAAUUCAAAUUCACUAAGAGGUUUUGAUGUGAUAGAUAAAAUCAAAUCUCAAAUAGAGAAAUUAUGUCCUGGAAUUGUUUCAUGCGCUGAUAUUGUAGCUGUUGCUGCACGAGAUUCUGUUGUGCUCUUAGGUGGGCCUUCAUGGACAGUGGAAUUAGGAAGAAGAGAUUCAACAACAGCAAGUUUGGAUACAGCAAAUAGUGAUAUACCUUCCCCUUUAUUGGAUCUUAAUGACCUUAUUACUAACUUUGCCAAUAAAGGCUUCACUGCUAAAGAAAUGGUUGCUCUUUCAGGUGGUCACACGAUAGGCAAAGCACAAUGUACAACAUUCCGACAACGUGUAUACAACGAAACAAACAUCGAUUCAUCGUUAGCUACAUCGUUGAAAUCCAACUGUCCUAGUACUGGUGGAGACGACACUCUUUCAUCACUAGAUGCAACGACCCCUGUAUUAUUUGACAACCAUUUUUACAAGAACUUGGUUAACAAUAAAGGGAUACUUCACUCAGAUCAACAACUAUAUAGUGGUGGUUCUACGGACUCUCAAGUGAAAACUUAUAGUACUAAUCCUAUAACGUUCGAUGCGGAUUUUGCAAAAGCUAUGGUUAAAUUGGGGAAUUUAAGCCCACUUACUGGAACUAAUGGCCAGAUUCGUACUAAUUGCAGGAAAAUCAAUUAAUUAAGUAAUUAGCUUGAACCUAUAUAAAUUUUAAUAGUAUGU